AGAUCAAGAUAGUCAACGACGACGAAGAUAGCAAACACUUCGAAGACUUGCUCAGAGCUAUAAGCGGCAGCGGCUGUUCGGACGACGUGCGGUACCGGCUGCAUGACGAGGCUGACUUGAGCAGCCAGCAACUUUCUGAGGGUGUCAUGCCCAAGGAAAUGGAUUCACUCGAGUCCACAGAGUUGAAUCGAGAGAAUGUGGUGGACGAUUUGGACGACACCGACUUGUCCGACGAUGGGGCCACGGACGGCGGAGGUGGAGGAGCAGAGAAGGAACUUGCGACGAAGAUGCUACAGAUCCAGAGCAAGAGGUUCUAUCUCGACGUCAAACAGAACCGGAGAGGUCGUUUCAUCAAGGUGGCCGAAGUAGGCGUGGCGGGCCGUAAGUCACGCCUUCUGCUGGCCAUGUCGACGGCUGCGGAAUUCCGCGAUCAUCUCACCCACUUCUCUGAACUCUACGCAAAGCUCGGGCCCCCGCAUCCUCACAAUGCCCCCGAAGACGGCAAACUGAAGAGCGAGGUCAUCAUAAAAGACAAUCGGAGAUAUUAUCUUGAUCUCAAGGAGAACUCCCGCGGUCGUUUCCUUCGUGUGUCGCAGACUAUCGCAACAAUGGCCAUGCGGACGGGACCACGAACUCAGAUCGCGAUACCGGCCCAAGGCCUGAUCGAGUUCCGAGACUGUCUGACCGAUCUCCUCAUCGAGUACGGCACAGACGACGGCGGCUUCAAAGGCGAGCUUCCCGAAGGGCGUCACAUGCGUAUCGAAGACAAAAUUUUUUACUUCGACAUCGGCCAGAACAGCCGCGGCAUCUACAUGAGGGUAUCCGAGGUGAAGAAUAAUUUCCGAGCAGCGAUUACACUUCCCGAAAAGUCAUGGCCGAAAUUCCGCGACAUGUUCGGCGAAUUCGUGACGAAAAUGGAUGCUGCCAGAGGACUUUCUUCGAACUCGACCGACACUCCAAACGCCGAGAAUUCCGAUUCCACUGCCCAAGCGCUCGGUCCAGUCGGCGAGGGGAUCCUCAUGGGAGCUGAAGCUCUCUCGAUGGGUGCUGUUGGGGGGCUGGGGGCGAGCAGCUUCCCUUCGGCCAAAUCCGGCCUCGGAUCAUCAUCCGCGCUGAACGAGUAG